AUGGUGGAGGAAGGUCGCCCUUGCCCCUGGGUGCUGUUACGCCCGAGCUGGAACACCUUCCUGCGCUUUGGCCUCCUGAUGGUGUUGAUUCUUUUCAUCUCCUGUUUGAUCUACUGUGUCCUGUUCCGGAAGCAGCAGCAGACGCAGCUGGAGCCACUUGAGGUGCAUGUAGCUGAGUUACAGCUGAAUCUCACAGUUCCUCGGAAGGACCUUACACUGCACUGGGAGGCCGGUCCAACCUUGGGAAGAUCCUUCACUCAUGGACCAGGGCUGGAGAAGGGGCAGCUGUAUAUCCGUCGUGACGGCAUCUACAGGCUGCAUAUCCAAGUGACACUGGCCAACUGCUCUGCAGCAUGCAGCACCGUGCAGCCCAGGGCCACCGUGACUGUGAGCAUCUGCUCCCCUGCCAGCCACAGCAUCAGCCUGCUGCGCCUGCACUUUGGACAGAGCUGCACCGUGGCAUCCCAGCGCCUGACUCGCCUGGCCCUCGGGGAUAUCCUCUGCACCAACCUCACCCUGCCUCUGCUGCCCUCCCGCAACGCUGACGAGACUUUCUUCGGCAUUCACUGGGUAUACCCCUGA